GAAAGAUUUACACAAAUCUCAGGAAGAGAAGAAUUAAUCAAGAAAAACAACAAAAAAAAAAUCUGUUGUUCCCUUUUUUUUGGCCAGAUGAAGAUUCUGCGAAAAGUCUUUAUAUUAAAUUCACUUUGAUUUGAUCGUUGUUUUUUUUUUUUUUUGGGUUCUUGAGUUCGUGUUUGUUGAUCUGAUUUUCAAAAGGAUGGGAUUUUGUCUCUGUUCGUUAGUAACUCCGGCGAGACUAUUGUGGACGACAAGUUUCUUCCGCCACAAACUCAUGAUUUUCUAACGAAUCUUUUAAUUUUCAAUUUCGAAUUUUAAGUUUUAAUUUCUUCUUUGCCGAAAUCAUCUCCAUUGAUUCCAAUUACGAUCGAGAAGCUUCCCACAAAGAAACUCUUUCCCUUGAGAAUCUCGUUCUGUUUUUUCAAGGAACAAAAUCGGCCAUGGAAAUGCAAGAAACUCGAACGACGACUGGGAAAAAGCGUCGACUAACGACCGAACAAGUGAAUCUUUUGGAGAAGAGCUUUGGAGAAGAAAACAAAUUAGAACCAGAGAGAAAGAUUGAGCUAGCGAGAAAGCUUGGAUUGCCUCAACGACAAGUAGCUGUUUGGUUUCAGAAUCGAAAAGCUCGAUGCAAGAUUAAGCAAACCGAAAGAGAUUACGAUAUUCUCAAGGCUUGUUACGAUUCACUCCUUGCAAAACACGAAACAGUCAUCUCAGAGAAUGAGAAACUCAAAUCUAAAGUCUUAAAUUUGACUCAGAUGCUUCUUCCUGCAACUAACCAAACCCAAAGAAAUUUCCAAGACAAGAUUAGCUCUAAAAGUGAUGAAACUAUGAGCUCUUCCACAUCUUUGAUUCCAUUAGCAAAUGAAGAUUACCUCACCAACAUCGAUCAAUCAUUCAGCUGGUGGGUUUGGCCAUCGAAUCUUAAGUAAAAAAGACAAAUAAGUAUUCAAAGCUUCUGUUCUAAGCAUGGACAAAGCUUGGAUAGUCAAAUAGAGAACAUACUGUUAACAUAUGCGAAAUAAGAAUGUAAAUUAUCUAUUAUAUUAUAUG